AUGGAGACUUCAGAGGCGCCUGCUUCUGCUCCCAAACAGAAGCGACAGCCAUCGAUGGCCUGCGAUAGCUGUCGCCGGCGCAAGAUCCGCUGCAACCGUGAGCGACCCUGCGAGAAAUGUGUGGAGGUCUCUCUUCCAUGCGCCUACACUACCGUACCCCGCAGAAAAGGGCCCAAAGGUCCCAGUGCCCACAUCAUAAACUUCCUGCGUGGCUUAGGGGCCGAAGGACCCCCUUCUGGAUCCCCCGCACACCCAGAAUCUUUCGCAACAACAAGAACUGUGACAGUGCAGACUUUGCCUUCCAACGAUCCUGAAAAUGCCGGUUCUGCAUCGCCGACCCCUUCCCUGGCCAUGUCUCAGAGUUCGCACUCAUCGACAGAACAUAGCAUCCCGAGUCUGUUGACCUCUUCGCGUGGCCCUGCAAAACAACGAAUCUCGUCCACAGAGCUUGGGGCGCAUGUCGGCCUGUUUUUCCAGCGUCUAUACUACAUCAUGCCAAUUACUGACUCCACACUUAUUGCCGACUGUGCCAAUCCGGACGCGUUGCAUCCGCAGCGGUAUGCAUAUCUAGUGGCCUUGUCUGCGGCGACUCACCUCCAGCUCAACCUGGAUAUUGGAGGCUAUGAAUCAUCCAUGGAUAAUCUUAUCUCAGGCCAGGAUUUGAUCGACGAAGCAGUCAGGGCAUUCCGUGAAUAUGACUCGCUGGAGCACCCACACCUGGACUCUCUUCUCACCAUGUUCUUCCUCUUCUGUGCCUACGGCAACCUGAACAAAUCUGACUACGCUUGGCACUAUUUGAGUCAAGCAAUUUCCUUUUUGCAAAUUUUGAAGAUGGACAGGGAAGAAUUGUAUGUUGGUUUGCCUCCCGCCGAGAUCGAGGUCCGCCGCCGGGUCUACUGGCUUAUAUUUAUCACCGAACGAGCGUAUGCCCUCCAGACUGGUCGGCCCGUCAUGCUCCGUCGUAGUGUCCGCAAACCUUCUGUUUUGAACUCAGAAGUCCCGGCCUUACUUUACGGAUUUGUUAGCCUCAUCACAGUCUUUGAACAGAUGAUCCCUGAAUUUUACAACUGGAAUACCAAUAUUGUGUGCGAGUCCCAGGAAUACUCGGCCAUUACUACAAUGUACCAGUCCAUCUCCAACCCUACUGCUCUACUUGAGGAGGUAGCAGAAACCCAACAGGUAGACAUCAUCAUCAGCCAGCAGUGGCUCCUGGUCUGUCUUUGGAAUUACCUGGUCAAGAGAUAUCCCCUCCACCCGCGAAAUCCAACCAGCUCCACAGCGCUCCUGCCAAUACAAAUUCCGUUGAUUGCAGGGAGAACCGUGCUGGCUUGCCUCUCAUGCGCCUCUUUGCCCUCUGUUGAUGCUCAUGGCAUUGGAAUAGAACAAAAACUCUACGACAUCGGAGAGAGCAUAACCCACCUCCCACCUCACCUCCUCUAUAAAGCAUAUUCCCCCGCCACCUCCUCCACAACACCGUCCGCAGCCGAAACAAGGGACAUCCUAAAGAGCAUCCUCAUGUUUCUCUCGCGAACCCGCGGCGGCCAAUCUUACCUGUUUUUUACGCUUUGGAACAAUUCACAGGAUCUGCUGCAGGCCAACCACAUCCCCGCACCGUUUUCCACACCGCUUGAACAGCCCAGUCUUGAAACUCUUUGCUCUGAAGUGACGGUGGAGGAACAGGAAGCUGCUCAUUGCCGUAAUCAUGCCCAUGCUCAUACACAGAUACUGCUGCGGACUCAAGCAGAGGGAGCGAAAUGA